AUGUCUGAACACUCAGUACCUCACCCACAGUCCCAGCAAGCAAGUCUUGCAAGCACAUACUUCGAACACUCUCGGGAACGCACCAUCCCGAACCAACCGCCCCGGAACAACGACCCUCAUCCAACGCCGCGGGCACUCAGGAUUGGACGUCACCACGACUGGACAAUGGAUCCCCUAGACCUUGAGGAAAUUGGGGAAACCCUCGUUCGCGAAAUUCGUGGCCAAUACAUCGUCUCGUCGGACCCGGUGGAUUUUAUGAACAAGUUUCUCCCGUUCGGCCACAGUGAAGAAGAAUCUUAUCAAAAGUACAGUCUGCAGAAAGUCCCCAAAACUCGCAUCAAACACCUCAAGAACAUGGGCAACGCGAAAACUGAAAAACAAAUGUACAGUCAUUUCGGGAAGGCAACUUCUAAGUGGCCGUUCGUCUAUGGUGACAAUCAUCGUAAGCUCAACUUUAAUGACACACAUGACUACCGCGACACGGCCAGCGGGCUCGGACCUGAUUACACUAUCGACGGACAAGUGAUUCUACCACGUCAUACGAAGCUGAAGGUCGACUUUGCCAACUUGCUCAGCUUCGUCGAGUUCAAAUUGAGUGCGCUCAUGGAUGCAUUUAUUGACGUCGAUGGCAAAGAGUACGAGAAGGAGAAGGCGGACUCAGGAAGCAAGGGCGGGGACGAGAAUGAGAACGCGGACAUCAUAAACGACGAAGAGGAUGCAAAAGCUGAGCAAGAGAACUCUAACCCCGCACGACUUGAAGAACCCUUCAUCGCCGAAGAUGAACGUCCUAGCGAACGCAAGCCAGAAGACCCCAUGGAGGCCCUGAAGCUCCCUCCGACAGAGUUGACUCCCUCUGAGAAAUACCACUCUGAAAACGAUACCAAUGCAGGCCGAGAUACUCGAGGCCAGAUUGCCAGUUAUGCAGGAGUCGCCAUGGCCAUGCAGUUCCGCAGUCACUUGUUCAGCGUUCUCAUCUGCGGCAAGUAUGCAAGAUUCAUUCGCUGGGAUCGCUCUUGUGCGAUUGUCUCUCGGCGCUUCGAUUAUACCGUCUAUCCCGAACUCUUAUUCGAAUUCUACCUCCGCUUCGCUCAGCUCACGGAUUCCCAACGCGGACUCCUUCCUGGCUUCUCGAUACUCAGCAAGAAAGAGGGCCUGAUCGCAGUUGAGGCCCUCAAGAAGUAUGCUGAUGAUACAUAUGCGGGAGCCGCUGCGGAUGAAUACAAGAAGGUGAUCGCUUGUGAUCGCCCGCUGCUCUGCAUGGAAUUCGAAGGACAACGUUACGCAGUACCCAUACGUCGCUUCGACGGCGGCUCGUACUCUCCAUUUGGCCGUAUGACACGUAACCGCGUGGUGGUCCUCCUCGAACCAACUCCCCGAGUGAUGUUCUUCAAGGACUUCUGGCGCGAGGACUCCGAGUAUGCUGAACCAGAGGCCGAGGUAUAUCGUCUCAUAUCUGGGGACGAAGAACUGUCCAAAUGCCGUUACCUUGCGAAGAUGCAUGCUGGGGGGGAUGUCAAGACGUCCAACUAUGCAAUUACCACCAUUGGUCACACUCACACGACCUUUGGAGUGGGUUGUGAGAAGUUGGAACUGAGGCCACUGACGGCCCAUUUCGUCGUUCUUGAAACGGUUGGUCGUGAUUUGCGCUUGUUCCGAACGGCGCGUGACCUGGUGUCAUGCAUAGCUGACGCCAUGGAAGCGCACCAACUCGUAUACGACAAGCUCCAUAUUCUCCACCGUGACAUCAGCGCAGGGAAUAUACUUAUCUCUGCGCUCGAUAGCGAGGAAGCUCGCCAUGGGAUCCUCAUUGAUUGGGAUCACUGCAUCUUCAUGAACAGACUAUCCAAGGAUAGGCAAACACGAGUGAGACGCACUGGCACAUGGCAAUUUAUGUCCGCCAAUUUGACCAUGAAUCCAGCGACAGCGUCUCAUUGCAUUCUCGACGACCGUGAAUCAGCACUCCAUGUACUGAUGUACAUGGCGAUACGACAUCUUCGUCAUGAUCAGAACGAUCCCACAGAUCUUCGCAUUCACUUAAAUAUGUUCGAUGGAUAUGUCGUUCAUGGCGACCGUCCAGCAAAAGGCACACAAGCAAAAAUGACAACCAUCACUUCCAAUGGACCACACAUCGAGUUCGAAAUCUAUGCCAUCAAUGAACUCAUCGCUGAGCUUUGCGAACAUUUCGCAACUAGGUAUAAUGGUCCUCCACGUCAACGUCGGAUAGUUCCCAGCACAAAAGCCGCCAAAGAAGCUGCCGAACACGCUGCCCGUGAAGCACAAUCUCGACUGGAGGCUCUGAAUGAACCACGUUGGCUGUAUUCUCUUCUACGUGAAUUCAUCGAACUCAUUCCUAAGCGCCUCCCACAUGAAACAGACUGGGUCGACAACUCCGCCAUACUACACGAGGUUAGGAAGAAUACAAAUGGAAAGCGGGGACGUGCAAAUGAUCAAUGGGAUCAAAACCGAGGGUCAAAGUUUAUCAAAUCGCGCGAUUGA